AUGGCGAGUUCGUCCUCCUCGUCUUCUUCGACGUCGGCCACGACUACGACGACAACGGCAGCGGCAGCGGCAGCGGCUGCUGGCGGGUCGGCGUCGCCGUCGCUGCUCCGGGCGGUGGUUGAUGUGGUGGGCAACCAAAAGUGGCUCAUCUACGGUGCCAUCUCCGGCGGCAUCUCUCGCACGGCCACCGCGCCCCUCGAGCGACUCAAAGUCCUCAACCAGGUGCAGCACAUGGACAAGUCGGGGCCGCGGUACCAGGGCGUGCUGCCGGCCCUCCGAAAGAUUUGGGCCGAGGAGGGCUUUCGGGCGUACUGGAAGGGCAACGGGACGAACGUGAUCCGGAUCAUGCCUUCCGACGCCGCCCGCUUCUACUCCUACGACACCUUCAAAAAGUUGAUAUCGACACCGGGCGAGCCGAUCACGCCGAUGAUCCGGAUCAUGGCGGGCGGGCUGGCGGGCAUGGUGUCGACCAUCGCCACCUACCCGCUCGACCUGACCCUGCCCGGACGCGGGGCCAUCUACGCCGCGCGCUACCGGGGCAUGUGGCACUGCCUUGGCUCCAUCUUCCGCGAGGAGGGCUUCUUCGCCCUCUACAAGGGCAUGGGCGUCUCGAUCCUGGGCGUGGCGCCGUAUGUGGCGAUCAAUUUUGCGUCGUACGAGACGCUCAAGCAGCUGGUGAAGACGGACGGCAGCGAGACCCACGCGCUCGAGGGGCUCGUCAUGGGCGGCCUGUCGGGCACCGCCGCCGUCACCCUCACCUACCCGAGCGACGUCCUCCGGCGACGAAUGAUGAUGCAAGGUAUCGGCGGUGCUUCGAAUAUGUACAAUGGCUUGUGGGACGCGUGCGUCAAGAUCGGGCGGGAGGAGGGCGUGGCCGGGUUCUACCGCGGGCUCAUUCCCUGCUACCUCAAGGUGGUGCCCGCCGCCGCAAUCGGGUGGGCCUGCAUCGAGACGCUGCAGAAGGUCGAACGCGACUUCCUCUCCUCCACCAACUGA